AUGUCUCUAAAAUACUCAGAUCUCUAUGAAGAAUUAGAGACCAUAGGAAGUGGAAGUUAUGGUAUCAUGAUAUUCCAUUUUCAAUAGGAUCUGCUUAUUUGGUUAAGAAUAAAAAGACUGGUCAAUUAUCAGUGGCUAAAAAAGUUCAUUUAGGGAAGCUCUCAGAGAAAGAGAAAAUAAGUGCUUUGAGAGAAGCAGAACUUUUAAAAAGUCUUGAUCAUCCUAAUAUAGUGUAAUACAUGGGAAGUUUUGCAGAUAGUAGUUAAUUGAUAAUAUUAAUGGAAUAUUGCGAAGGUAAAUUAUAUAAUUUUAUAAAUUGUUUAGAAGGAGAUUUACAAUAUCACAUAAAAAAAAGAAAGUAAGGUAAAUAAAUCCAAUACUUUCCUGAGAAAAUGAUUUUGAAUUGGUUUAUUCAAUAAUUAUUUGCUCUCUAAUUCAUCCAUUCUAAAAAGAUCUUACAUAGAGAUAUUAAAACAAGUAACAUAUUUCUUACUUCAAAUGGAACAGGUAUUAAAUUAUAUUGUUAUUCUUAGUUAAACUUGGAGAUUUUGGUGUUUCUAAAGUAUUAGAAAGUACUAUAGAUUAAGCAUCAACUGUUGCUGGUACUCCUUAUUAUAUGAGGUAUUGAAGUAUUUCUGAUAAUAGUCCAGAAGUUUGUGAAAAUAAACCAUAUACUUUUAAAUCUGAUGUUUGGGCUCUUGGAUGUGUUUUACAUGAAUUAUGUACUUUCAAACAUGCUUUUGAUGCUAAGAAUAUUUUAAGUCUUGUAACUAAAAUUUUAAAUGGAUAAACUGAAACUCUACCUUCUCAUUAUUCAAAGGAUUUACAAUAAUUAAUACAUAGACUUCUUACUAAAUAAGUAUAAUCACGUCCUCUAGUUGCUGAAAUUANUCUUUUAGAGUAGUAUUGA